CCUAGCUCUCGAGUACUGCGUCCGAACGGACAAAAUGAACGACUAUUCUGAGAAAGACAGAGGGCCGAUAUCUCAGGGGAAUCACCAAGGGCAAGGGCAAGGGCAAGGACAGGGGUAUGGGUAUGGGUACGACUAUUGCCCUCAUCAAUAUUCAUAUCCACAACAUGGACCUGCAUAUAACUAUGCUCCUGGUACUCAAGCUCAACCAGCACCUGGCCCUGCAUACAAUUACAACCGUCCAUAUAACAUCCCAUUACCGAGCUAUGAGAGUCACAACCAGACCGGCUAUGGCAACAGGCCCUCGCCUCCACACAGCUACGGCCAUCAAUUCCAAAGCUACAGUGGCUCCGGGCCACACUACCAAAAUACCUACAGCCCUUCGCUACAUGGAGGCAGUGGUCCUAUGCCAGGCUUAUACGCAAACACCAGCGCAGCCGCGUCCCCUAUGAACCAACCAAACCCGGUCAGUAGGCCCGGGCCCCAAACCCUUCUCUUCCGCAAAUCUCCCUCAGCGGAGAAGGUGAUUUUUAUUCACCCAGCCGGCGCGCCCCUCACCUCUCCACCGUUGUACUGUCUAAGUUCCUCGCCCGACGCAGAGUACGUCCUUGCGCGCGGCUCGGACCCAAACAACCCCACAGCACUCGUGGGAAAAGUGAAAUCGCAUACGUUCAGCAGCAAAUUCGACAUGACUGUGCGCGGAAGGACAUGUGCCCUGAAGGGGUCGACCCUGGGGUCGACAUACAAGGUCGACAUUCCUGGGACGGGUAGUUACAAAUGGCACACAGACGAUUUCUCGAGUAAGAUGUGGCUGAAGGAUGAGAGCAAAAGUGUCCUCGCGACCUACGACAAGACUAAGGAGAAGAGGACCUGGAAGAAGCUCCUUGGAGGAAGGGAUCGCCAGUUGACUAUCCAUGGCUCGUUCGAUGAGUUCUUCAUCGAGGUGAUUCUUCUCAGUUUCUAUGCAGUUAAGCUGGCUGAGGAGGCGGCUGAUGAGAUGACGGAGGAGAUUUUGGAUGCUGCUUCGGGGGCUGCUGGGGCUUGAUAUGCCCCCUACUCUUCUCUCGGUUAUCGCAC